AUGUCGGUCACUACGGUGCUGAAGGCGACGGCCGGCGUAUGUGCUGUGACUACGGUCCUCAGCGUAGUGACGGUCGUAUUCCUGGCCAUCGACGUCAACCGAUUUCACAACAACGCCAUCGACGAAUUCAAAGAAGUCCAGGACAUGGCCAACGAAGUUUGGUACCAGAUGAGACCUUCCCUAUCCGAAGCGGUUCGGUGGAGGAGAGCGACUCAUUUCCGCCUGCACGGCUCUUCGCGAACUCACCGUCGCCAGACAGAUUUCGAACAAACGUGUUUGUGCGGAAGACCAGAUAAUCUAUGCCUGCCUGGACCGCCUGGGCCUCCAGGACCGCCAGGAGAACCCGGAGAGCCCGGAGUUCCUGGUUUACAAGGCCGAAAAGGAAACGAUGGAAUAACUAUCUCUCGUGCAGGCGGAGCCGGUGGAUGCAUCAGGUGUCCGCGUGGCCCGCGGGGACCUCCAGGCCCAGACGGACCUCCAGGAAUGCAAGGACGUCCGGGAAAGCCAGGAUCGGCUGUUCUUCAGGAGGAGCACGGACCCCCCGGUCCAGAAGGUCCGAUGGGAGACGUUGGUGAACCAGGAAAACCUGGUGUCCCUGGUCAGCGAGGAAGAGGUGGCGCCCAUGCCGUGAGCGUGAUCGGAUUGCCCGGUCCUCCAGGACCGCCUGGACCACCAGGACCGAUGGGACCACCGGGUGAGGCAGGUGAAUCCGUUGGCAUUGCAAUGCCUGGUCCUGCAGGACCACCGGGUCCACCUGGUAAACCAGGAAUUAAGGGAGAUGAUGGGCCGCCCGGAGAACCCGGAGUUCCAGGAGGUGCUGGAAGUGACGCUUCGUACUGUCCCUGUCCUCCAAGAGUCAUGAACACCGCAGUUCUCAAACAAAAUGCCAAUAUUGUAUAG